GGUUCAUCGAGUUCAUCCACCAAAAUCCACCACCAGUUCGUUCCCCCAAUGUCUGACGCCCCCGCCGCCCCUGUCACUGAAAACGGCGUGCCUCCGGCUGCGCAGGAGAAGGUCGAAGAGACCCCCGGCUUCAAGGUUUUCGCCGGCAACCUUGCGUACUCUACCACGGAUGAUGGGCUGAAGGCGUUCUUCGCGCCUGUUCAGGAGGACAUCAUCACUGCUCAAGUUAUCCUGCGUGGCACCCGCUCCGCAGGCUAUGGCUUUGUCUCCCUGAACACCACAGAGGCCGCGCAGAAGGCUGUCGAGCUCUUGCACCAGAAGGAGCUUGACGGCCGCUCAGUGAUCGUCGAGAUCGCGAAGCCUGCUGACCAGAAAGAAGCGAGGAAGGAGAGGAGCUUCAAGAGGAAGCCUGGCAGGCGUGGAUCCAAGGCUGUCCCUGGCGAACUCACUGAAGCUGAGGCCAAUGGCGAGCUAGUCAAGGUUGACAGUGCUGCUCUCGCUGCAUCUGAUGAUGUGGCGAAGCCCAAGAGGAAGAAGAAGAACAACCGCAAGUCCAAGCAGCGUAGGUCCCAGGAGGGUGGUGAGGCUGCGGCUCCUGCUGAGGGCGCCGAAGGUGAGGCUGCCAGCGGAGAAGCUAAGAGGCCUCGUCAGCGUAAGCCCCGCGCUCCUCGUCCCCAGCGCCCCGCUGGAGAGGAGCCCGCUGGGGAGCCGUCCAAGACCAUGCUCUUUGUUGCCAACCUUGGCUUCACCAUUGGCGACGAGGAGCUUGCUGCCAUCUUCACCGACGCUGGCAUCUCUGUUCAGUCCGCGCGCAUCGUCCGCCGUCGUUGGGGAAAGCCUCGCAAGAGCAAGGGCUACGGCUUCGUUGAUGUCGGCGACGAAGCCGGCCAGGCCCAGGCCAUUGAGCUGCUCCAGGGCAAAGAAGUUGGUGGAAGACCCAUUGCGGUGAAGGUCGCUGUCAACUCCCAGCAGCAGGAGGCGGAGGAGGCUGAAGCUGCCGGUGCUACUGAGGCCAAGGCUGAGGAUCCCGAGACUACCGUUGUUGCAUCUUGAAAGCACGUCUGCUCGUGCCAUGCAAUAACCGAUCCCUUAUUUUCCCACUACUCCGCUUUUGUUCGGCUUCGUUAUGCUACCAUCGCUAGCCUGCUGGCGGCUUUCCGCUCGGUAUAUGCGAACUGGUCCCGUUCUCUUAUGUUCACCGUUUUUAAUAACGUCCGCUUACUCUUUGCACCGCGGUCUGGUGCCGUAUCUUCGUGUCAACUUGUAGUGAUCAACAUUCAUGAGGGACUCUCUGUUUUAACUUUGCAAACUGGAAAGACAACUGUAAUGACUGGCGGAUUCAUUCUCUUAUAUAAGC